AUGGCGGCUAACGGUCUCUACAAUCUCCAGCGCCUGGCUAUUCCCCUAGGCCUGGGGUUCAUGUUUGCCAACGCCUCUUUGUACGAUGUCAAGGGCGGAACUCGGGCAGUCAUCUUCGACAGGUUGUCUGGUGUGCAGGAGAAGGUCGUCAACGAAGGCACGCAUUUCCUGAUCCCAUGGCUGCAGAGGGCCGUUAUCUACGAUGUUCGCACCAAGCCUCGAAACAUCUCCACCACUACUGGAAGUAAGGAUUUGCAGAUGGUCAGCUUGACUCUGCGAGUCCUCCACCGUCCUGAAGUCCAGAAGCUGCCGGUCAUCUACCAGUCCUACGGUACCGACUAUGACGAGCGUGUCCUUCCCUCCAUCGGAAACGAAGUCCUCAAAGCCAUCGUCGCCCAGUUCGAUGCCGCCGAACUCAUCACCCAACGUGAAGCCGUCUCAAACCGCAUCCGCACAGACCUGAUGAAGCGCGCUUCGCAAUUCAACAUUGCCCUCGAGGAUGUCUCAAUCACCCACAUGACCUUCGGAAAGGAGUUCACGCGCGCCGUCGAGCAAAAGCAAAUCGCCCAGCAGGACGCCGAGCGAGCCCGCUUCAUCGUUGAGAAGGCCGAGCAGGAGCGCCAGGCUAACGUCAUUCGCGCCGAGGGUGAAGCCGAGAGUGCCGACAUCAUUAGCAAGUCCGUCGCCAAGGCCGGAAACGGCCUCAUCGAGAUUCGUCGUAUCGAAGCCAGCAAGGAGAUCGCGAGCACCCUCGCCAGCAACCCCAACGUCACAUAUCUGCCGGGUGGCGAGGGCAAGGAUGGCGGAAAGAGCACAAGCCUUCUACUGGGGCUGAGGAGUUAA